GCAAGCAAAAGCGCCUUGCUCUUUUUGCCACAAGCUCCAUCUCCCAGGAGCAAGAGGGAACUCCCAAAAGUGUAUCAGAGAGACAACCAUCUGCCAGAUUCCUGGAUGAGUGAGCCCCCCCUCCCGGCCCCUCCGAGCUGAGACCGACUGAGAGAGAGCCAGGCAGUUCCAGCCCCAGAGCAAAGGGCCAAAGGCAGAGACAGCUGCGAGGUGCAUCCUCCUGCUUUGCUGCGGGGCUGUGCUACCCAGGCUCUGUUGCACAGAGCCCCAUGAAGUCUGCUGGGGAGCAGGGACCCGGGUGCAACCAGCCACUUGGGAUUGAGGAGGACUCUGUUUGGGGAAGGAGGUAUUGAAGCCUCAAGGGACUUGUUUUGCUUGUUCCUGGCCGAAGAAAAAAAAGUCUUCUGGAGAGGGAGAGGCUCUCUGGUCAUCCUGAAUUUCCAGAAUGAUGUGUCUAAAGUUGCUCUGGAUAGCUUUCUUCUGCUACCUGUGUCAGGGUUAUUUUGAUGGCCCUCUCUACCCAGAAAUGUCCAAUGGGACGCUACACCAUUACUUCGUUCCAGAUGGGGACUACGAGGAGAAUGACGACCCGGAGAAGUGCCAGCUGCUCUUCAGGGUGAGUGACCGCCGGCGCUGCUCGCAGGGGGAAGGAGGCCAGGACAGCAGCUUGCUGAGUCUUACCCUCCGAGAGGAGUUCACCGUGCUGGGUCGCCAGGUGGAGGAUGCUGGGCGGGUCCUGGAGGGCAUCAGCAAGAGCAUCUCCUACGACCUGGAUGGGGAAGAGAGCUAUGGCAAGUACCUGCGGCGGGAGUCCCACCAGAUUGGAGAUGCCUACUCCAACUCUGACAAGUCCCUCACUGAGCUGGAAAGCAAGUUCAAGCAGGGCCAGGAGCAGGACAGCCGGCAGGAGAACAGGCUCAAUGAGGAUUUCUUGGGGAUGCUGGUCCACACCAGAUCCCUGCUGAAGGAAACACUAGACAUCUCUACCGGGCUCAGAGACAAAUACGAGCUGCUGGCCCUUACCAUCAGGAGCCAUGGGACCAGGCUAGGUCGGCUGAAGAACGACUAUCUGAAAGUAUAAUUCCCAAGGCACCGAUGGGAGGCAGAAGGAACCAAAUCAGUCUCCUGUUGUAAAAAGUAAAGGACAGAGAACGGGGCUAAGUUUUCCCUUCGACCAAACCUCCACCCCCUUUUUUUAAUGUCCAGAUUUGCACUUUGAGAAUGAAAUCUGAGGUUAUCUUGGGAAAAAAGGAAAGAAAAGAAAAAGUUGAGGGUCUGAGUGGUACUGAUUUGUGUUUUCGUUUUGUACAAUAUGUACGAGGUUGUUAUGAUUUGAGCACUCGGAAAGAGUAGUUCUCAAGGCACGCCUCCUGUCUUUCCUGGGAGGUUUGAUGGUCUGCAGAGGUAACUUGUUUCAGUCACGUCUCACAGGAUGCAUUUUUUAGGUAGACACUGAUUCAAGUUUCUCCUCCUGCAGAUUAUGUGGAAAUACCCUUAGAGCAUGAUGUACAACUCCAUUCCACUCUUAAGAAGUCUUCUCUCUUGGGUUAUAAAAGCUCAAGUGUCUGAUUUUCAGCUGAGGUCCCAGGUCUUGUUCUGCUUGCGUGACAGCCCAUUGCAAGUUGCUUGUUUUCUCAUUUUCUUUCUUAUUUAUUAACCAUGAUCGGUGAGUUGCUUUUGCUUUUUGUACAAAGUAUUUUCAAAUCAUUCAUUGCAGGGAAGUUUGCAGAAUAGGUUCUCCGGGGUUUGUCUUAGUUAUAGUGGCUGCAUAUAUGAAAUCUAAGCUCUUGUGGUGGCUACCAACUCUUGUGGAUAUGUUCAUUUGUUAUGUCUCAUGUCUCAUGUUGCAUGUCUAGUGCCUUGUCAUCUGUCAGUUACAAGGGAAUAGAUUUUUGAAAACACCCCCCAAAUGCCUAUGAUUUAGGUUUCAUAGUAUUAUUGCUCAUGGGGGGGUUGCUUCUUUAUUGCUUAUUAAAAAUGUGUACUUCAAAGAGGUAAUUCUUAUUUUAAUAACUCCUUAACUAAGCUUUAUUAUUCAGCCAAUAAAUAUGUU